AUGGGUGAAGAGGCCAGGGAUCUUGGAGUACCCAGAAAGGAAUGGAUUCUUAUGAACCAUGCCAUGAAAGAAAAGUAUUUUGCUAAUGGAUUAAGGGAGUUUCUUGCAGAUGAUUACUUUUUUGUCGGCGUCAUGAUAGGCACAGCUCUUCUUCAAAAUGGUCAGCUGCCAUACUUUCUUCCAUUGCAUGUAAUUGAUAGGCUAGUUAACAAACGAGAAGUAGACAAGUGCGUAAUCAAUAUACAGUGGGGACUUGAUGUAUUUAAACUUACUAGAGUCUUCCGAAACAAGCCAAUAAUGCCUCAUCCACUAAGACCAAGCAAUGCUACUUUGAGCUCUGUAGUGCUAUUAAAAUUGUUGAAGCCUGCAUUUGCACAAGAUGGGUCUACAGCCUAUGCAAAGGAAAAAAGAGGUCUAUGCCUGUUUCGUAAAGUAUGUGCGUCAAGUAGCCAACGGAAGAAGGCGUCCAUUGAAGUUAAGUUCAAUUCUAAUUUUUGUGACAGAGGCAGCAGAAGAGCCUGCUCUUGGUUUCAUCAUGGACCAAUCUAUC